AUGGCGCCCGCAACUCAAUUCGAGCUGGCGCAACCGCCCAACGAUGCCGUCUCGUCCCUCUCUUAUGCGCCUCAGAACUCGACAAGGCUCCUGGUUUCGUCGUGGGACAAGAACGUCUACCUCUACGACACCCACUCCGGCACCGAAGAGGCGCAGGGCACGCAGAUCAGCACAUUCGAACACCGCGCACCAGUACUAGAUGUCUGCUUCGGAGCCACCGACAACGAGGCGUACAGUGCAUGCCUGGACUGGCAAGCCUACAAGAUCGACCUUGAGACAGGCGAAAAGACAUCAAUCGCUAAACACAGCGCGCCAGUACGAUGUGUGGUCUACAGUCCCGAGCAAUCCCUCCUCAUCACCGCCUCCUGGGAUCAGACUCUUCAAAUUCACAACACGAAAGACCCCUCAGCGCCCAACCUCAUCAUCUCCCUCCCCGGCAAGCCCCACGCUCUCAGCGCUAGUCCUUCUAAGCUCGUUGUCGCCAUGACCGCUCGCCUCGUCCACAUCUACGACCUCACCCCCAUCCCCGCCCUGUUCAGUGCCUCUUCUCCCCCCGAUAUCAAGCCUUGGCAGCAGCGCGAGUCCUCUCUCAAGUUUCUCACUCGCGCCGUAUCCUGCAUGCCCAAUGACGCUGGCUAUGCCACCUCCAGUAUCGAAGGCCGUGUCGCCGUCGAGUGGUUCGAGGACUCCCCCGAGUCCCAGGCCCGCAAGUACGCAUUCAAGUGCCAUAGACAAGCCGCCCCUGCCGACGAGAAUGGCGCUGGUGCCGGCGAUAUUGUCUAUCCGGUGAACGCUCUUGCUUUCCACCCCGUGUAUGGCACCUUCGCCUCCGGAGGCGGCGACGGCACUGUCGCGCUAUGGGACGCCGAAGCCAAGCGACGUAUGAAGCAGUACCAGAAGUUCCCUGACAGCGUCGCUGCCUUGGCUUUUUCCGCUGAUGGCAAGUACCUCGCCAUUGGCGUCUGCCCGGGCUUCGAGACGGGGAUGGAGGAUUACACUGGCGAGGGCAAGGCCAAGGUGUUGGUCAGGGAGCUCGGUGACGCGGAAGCCAAGGGCAAGUGA